AUGCCAGAUUCUGUCGGACACAAAAACGAAAAGGCACAGCGCCAUAUCCACAUCUCGGAGGAGCCCAAGAAGCCUAAACAUGCCAAGCGCAUUCGAUUCAACUUCACGUCAAAGUACCUUGCCUGGAUUCAACCCAGCUUAACGUGGCGCAAGUUCAAGCCUGUUAUUCGAUGUGCGGUUGCGGCCUGGUUGGCGUCGGUCUUGUUCGUUAUUCCGCGUGUGAUGGCGGUUAUGGGUGGUCAGGCAACGUUCCUCAUUUUAAUUGCGUCAUUCCUUUCUCCCCCAACCGAUCCAUUUCGUGCCGUUGUCGAACGCGAGGUUGUGAUUAUGAUCAUGAUAUCCCUCACCUGGUCCUACGUGUGUGUAGGUAUCCGCUUCGCGGACAUGGCGCGUACCGUGCAUGACCCAUCCGCUACGUUUGUCGAAGCAGUGAGCGGGAAAUUCAUUGAAGCUGGACCAACUGUUAUUAUGGGAGUGUUCGUUGGCGUCGGAAGCGCAGUCAUCCUUUACAUCAAAGCACGACAAGGCCCUGGUCCAUUUACUUUUGCUUGCAUUUUCUCGUGUAUCUGCCUAGAUGUUUCGUUGACAACGGCUGUCUUGUUUCCCUUCCCAUUCUAUCUCAUAGGAAGAGCCGUAGUCCUUCCCCUCGUAUUCCACAGCGCGCUCGCCAUCCUUUGCUCCCUCACCAUUUUCCCUAGCACCAUUUCGGCCCAGUUCACACAAGGCCUGCAAGGUGUUCUCUCCCCCCUCAUUACUGCUCUUGAUAUGCAUCGCGCCCUCCUCAAAACGCCCACCGUCUCACAUGAAUUUCUCGAAAAGGUCGAAGCCAUCAAGAAUACCGUUGCCCGCGCUGAAGGCGCCGUCGUGGCGCUUGUACCCUCUGCACGGCUGCUUCCCAGUGACAUCAUCUACUGCCGGUUCGCGCCGGGUGAUUUUAUGACCUUCCAGGACUUCGCCCGGCGCAUCGUUGGGAGGGCUCAUGGGAUGGGACUGUAUUUUACGCUGAUAGAUCCAACGAGGGAGAGGUUUCCAGUCACCCCAGCUCCGUCCUUACCUGGUACACCUCGUCCCGGUACUCCGUCGUUGGAGCUGGCGGGUGGCGUGUCACCGUUACCAUCUAGGUCGCACUCUCGUGCGCCGUCGGAGAAUCAUCCCCAUCCCCAUCAUCAUGUGCUUCAUCAGUCGCUAUCGAACUUGGCGAAGACGCGGUCGAAGAGGGAGCACGCGGUUGGGGUGUUUGAGUCGCAUCGGUAUUUGGAUAUUGAGGCUACGCGGCUGCAUGACCCGAAUUCUGAGGCGUGCACGGCGCGGACGACGGAGUUGUUGAGUGAGAGCUGCGAUAAUCUUCUUGAAGUAAGCGGUGAAGGAUUGAAAGGAUUGAGGGACUGGUUUGGGGGCGUGAGGGAUGGGCGGUUUGGUUUUUUUGGGAAGAAGAAAGCGGGCAAAGAGGAGUGGCAGGCGAAGUUGGAAAAAUUGAAGGAGUUGCGAGAGAGGGUGUUUGUUGCGCUGCAAGAGUUUCGAGAGGAGCGCCGACACGCUGUUCUCGACUCUUAUCUCCCCGCUUUCGACGACAGGAAACAAGAGAUGCCGCCCCAUCGGUACCUCUUCAAUUGCUAUGUGUACCAAUAUCACCUUACCCAAAUGGCAGCUAUUGUUCUUGAGCUGCUGGACGAAGCCAUCAAACUGGAGUCGUCACGCCUGGAAAACAAACUUUGGACACCCAUACGCACAUUGAAGCUGUGGUGGCCAUGGGAUAUGUCCGAGCAUGGACAGCAGGAUGAAUUGGAUGACAACCCAAAUGUCGUGCAGGGUGCGGAGCCUAUGCAUGGAGAUCUGGGGAUAGCUAGACGGCGUGAUCCUGACGCGCUGCCGCCGAGGAAUGUGCUGGAGUGGUGUUCGAAUUAUCUUUAUUUGUUCUUGACGAGAAGAGGUGGGAACCUUUUGUAUGCGGUUAAAGCUGGAUUGUUUACUGUUAUACUUUGUCUCCCGUCAUUUUUGCCGUCGUCUGCGACUUUUGCGUUCAAAAACCGCUCGGUUUGGGCAAUCAUUAUGGGACAAGUCACGCUCUCCCGCUUCAGAGGCGAUACGACAUACAGUCUCAUCGCUCGACUCGUAGCAACUUUUGGUGGUGGCGUGUCGGGCGCGGUGUUGUGGUACAUAUCCUGCGGCUCCGCACAAGGCAACGCAUACGGGCUCGCAACGGUGUGCGCCGUGGCAUUCCCCAUUUUCUUCUUUGUCAAACUCAACUGUCCGAUCCAUCCUAUGACGGUCACUGUCUAUGCCGUCACUGUGUGCUUGGUAAUUGGGUAUUCGUACCAAGAUAUCCACAUUCCAAAUCCAGGAUCUCCGGGAUCAGGCAUUUCUGUUGCUUGGAAACGAUUCGUUCUGGUAGCGAUUGGCGUUGUGGCUGCGUUCAUUUUCUCUCUCCUCCCUCCAUCAACAACCAUUCGGCGGUACCAAAGGAAUUCAUUGGCCACUACGACGUCUGAGAUCGGGGUCAUUUAUUGCUCGAUCGUUUCUUUCGCGCAUUCGAAAAAUGAGAGCGAGGUGCAGGAAAUUAUCAAAAGCCUUUUGGCCGUUCGGUCCAAGCUGAAACGCUCCGCUGCGCUUAAAGCUAACGUUUCUUAUGAGUUUUCAUUCCGGGGGCGUUGGCCAGCAAAACGCUACCAGGAUAUUUUGGAUCUCCAAAUAUCGAUUACAUAUUCCCUCUCCCACCUGAUGUCCGUCGUCAAACACCUGGAUUCAAACUGGACACGCGCGUUUCUCCGCCGGACGAGGCUUACCGAUAGCGAUUUCCAAGGAGACGUUCUUGCUGUUCUCACAAUGAUAUCCACCGCCCUUCGGACUGGCAGUCCAUUGCCCCAAAUCACGCCUUGUCCGCUACUUGAUCGCUUCAUGCUCCGCUACCACGGGAUGAACGUCAUCCAUAAAGAUGCGGAAGAGGAUUAUGGCUUGCCACGCUCUCUCACUCUGGAAACGUUGCAGAAUGAACAAUAUCUAAUGUUUUGCGUUGGUGUCUCCACGGCAUAUGGCAUUGUCAACCGCCUUGAUCGUUUGAUGAUUGCCGUAAAAGAGGUUGUUGGUGAGCAAUAUCACAUUACGGGUGUUGGAUUUAUGGCUCGCGGAGGAAGUACUUUGGAGCUCGCGCCGAGUACGCUGCAUUAUCGCCCACCUAGGGACGUCUGA